GUAACCAGUAUUCUAUUUACUAUCCAGCCCGGCAGUUCAUGGGUGCUAGAGAAAAAGACCUGCCUUAGUUGGUGAAUUUUAGGCUUUUUUUAUCCUUUAAACCCAUCCAACAUGGAGCAAACAGAUACUCAUUAUAACAAAGCAGAGUACAUAGAGACGGCCUCUGGAAAUAAGGUCAGUCGUCAAUCAGUGUUAUGUGGAAGCCAGAAUAUCGUGCUAAACGGAAAGACUAUUAUCCAGUCAGAUUGUAUUAUUCGUGGGGACCUGGCUAAUGUGAGAAUUGGACGGCAGUGUGUCAUCAGCAAACGGAGUGUCAUUAGACCCCCCUUCAAGAAAUUCAGUAAAGGGGUGGCAUUUUUUCCACUUCACAUUGGAGACCAUGUGAUGAUUGAAGAGGACUGUGUUGUUAAUGCUGCUCAGAUCGGCUCAUUUGUCCACAUUGGCAAAAAUUGUGUCAUCGGUCGUCGUAGUGUUCUGAAGGAUUGCUGUGCCAUAGCUGAUAACACAGUGUUACCACCAGAGACAGUCGUCCCACCUUUUACACUGUUUUCAGGUUCUCCAGGGGUAUUUACUGCUGAGCUGCCUGAGUGCAUGCAAGAAAUCAUGACAGACAUAACAAGAAACUACUAUCAACACUUUCUCCCCCUGAAAGACGACAGCACAGCAAAACAAGAUAAGCCAGUCAGUAGGUAGCGCUAGUUAGAAUCUAGUCUAUAUCAGAUACAAAGCCAGUAUUUGCCAAGCGGAAUGAUGUGUAUGCAUGUAUAUCGUAUGCAAAAAGCAGGCUGUUGGUAAUUCUUCAUUAGGACAUUUGGUCAAGUGUGGUGUACCUACCCUGGGGCCACUCCUAGCAAUGUGCCUGAAAAUUACUAGUUGUUGUUUGGGGAUCAUAUCUAGAAAGCACACAGCCAGGAUUUGAUGAGAGGGAGGUGCGCAGUCAUAGGUAUUUUAU